UAAGUUUAUGAAUGUACUUGUCGUAAAGAGCAAUAAUAGAAUACUUACCUGAUUACGAUUAGAGAAAAUCUAAAUGUUUGACGUUUGAAUACUUACUGUGUGUAAAUAUUUUCAGCUAAGAAUCUUGUUGGCUUAUACCGGUCUACUUACGAAUGAUGGAGUCAUUGCUAAUUUCUAGACUCCAAGAUAUAAUAAAUCAUAUCGAGAUUGUUACGAAACAGUGCGAAACAUUCUUACAAAAGAAAUAAGUGAUAUUGACAAACAGCAAGCAGAAAUUGCUACCAAGAAAUUGGAAAAUCUUCAUUCUCGUUUUUCAACUGAAUUAAACAAUUAUUUUCGAUUGAGUAUCGAACCAUCUGCUGAUGACAUCUCAAUAUUUAGUGCUAUUCAAUUAAAUUCCGAGGAAAUUCUCAUAGAGUUGACCAUAAAGUUAAAAGAUUUGCGUGAAGACCGAAGUGAACGGUCAAAUAAAGCUACUUAUAGUGAAUUACCAAAAUUGAACUUACCUGAAUUUAGUGGUGAUGUGUUGCAAUGGCAACAGUUCUGGGACCAUUUCACAUCAAAUAUUCAUAGUAGACACUUACCGGACGUGGACAAAUUAUUGUACUUGAAGGCUUCAUUAUCUGGAGAUGCGAAGAGAGCUGUUGAAGGAUUAGAAACUACAAAUAGAAACUAUGAGAUUGCUGUAUCGAUUCUUAAGGAACGAUAUGGUAAGGAACAUUAUAUAAUUGAUGCUCACUAUGCUGCCUUAUAUAAAAUUAAGGCUGCGGACAUGACUGCUGAAGAUUGUCGGAGAACUCUUAAUGAAGUAGAGCGGCAUCUACGAGUUUUAAAUUCACUUGGUGAGAAUACUAACCAUAACCAUCUGCGGUUUAUUAUUAUUGAAAAGUUUCCUGAAGAGAUAGUGUAUGAGUUAAAGAUGUUGUUAAAGACAGAUUCUAUUGAAGAUAUGAGAAAACAAUUAGAGAUUAUUAUUUCAGCAAGAGAGGAUGCUAAUAGAAUUGCUCAAGAGAAAAGUCAAAAGGAAAUUAGACAUUACACGGUUGAGACAUUCCACAGUACAGAUAGUGUGAACCAACAUAAACGGUCAAGCGGUUCAAGAAGGUUUAAGAUCCAAGAACGUUUUAAGAAUUUAAAGGAUAAACAUCAGGAUUGGAAAAUGAAAAUGAGAUUUGCUCCUAACUACAAGAAUAAUAAUUACAAUAAUAAUAGAAUGCUUCCUAAUAAAAGAAAAUUUGAAAAUUCAUAUGAGAAAGAUAUAAACAUGAAAAAACUAAGAUUAAAUUGUAUUUUCUGCUCAGGAGCACAUUACAAUGAUCAAUGUAAGACUGUAAGAACUAUUAAGGACAGACAAAUUAAAUUAAAGGGCCGAUGCUUUUAUUGCUUUGUUCAAGGUCAUUGGAGUAAGACAUGUAAAAUAAAUAAAAAAUGUAUACAUUGUGGAGGAAGGCAUAACAGAGCUUUAUGUCCAAAAGUUUGUGAUUCUGUGAAAGUGAAAACAUUGCAUACAAAUACUUCAGUCAAAUCUGGAAAUUCUACAACGGUGUUACAGACAGCAGUAGUUACUGUAUUAAAUGAAAAUAAAUGUGACAAAGUGAAUUGUCGGAUCCUUAUGGACUCUGGCAGUCAGCGUUCAUAUGUAACAAAGAGGAUUGCUACUGAAUUGAAUUUAGCUGUAAUAGAAGAACACCAUCUUUCCGUCUUCACCUUCGGAACUGAUCAACCAUUGGAAUAUGAUAGUCCAUUAGUGAAAUUAAAUAUACUUACCAGAACUAACGAGGAAGUCGUACUGUAUACCAAUGUUGUACUAACCAUUGCACAGCAUGUUAGUUAUCCUGGAGAAGAACUUUAUCAUUGGAAGAAUGAAUGCAUCUUGGCAGACGAUGGUUCACUUGGUGACCAAGUGGACAUCCUCAUCGGCAAUGAAUAUUAUUUCACGGUUAUAGACACAACAAAGAAACGGAUAAGUGAGAACUUAUUUUUAGUGGAUUCUAAAUUUGGAUGGAUGUUGACAGGGAAAACAGAAAAGAAACCUAUAGAUAAUUUAUCAGUUAUUACUUACUUUCAGUCGAAUAAAGAAACAAAAUUGAAUAAACCGGACUUACCUUUAGACAACAUGCACCUGAAGAACUUAUGGGACCUUGAAUGUAUUGGAAUUACUGACUCUCCCAACACUACUAAAGAGGAAGAAGCUAUGAAGAACUUUAAUGAUAACACAAAAUACAAGGACAAGAGAUAUUUUGUAUGCUGGCCAUGGAAUAAUAAUGUUUCAAAUCUACCUACUAAUCUUGGACUAGUGACAGGAAGAUUAAUCAAUUUAUUAAGACGAAUGGAUAAAGACACAUUGAAGUUAUAUGAUGAGACAAUUAGAAACCAACUUGAAGAUGGAAUCAUUGAAGCUGUUCCCUCUGAUGAAAUAGAUCACAGUAUACAUACCAUACAUUACCUGCCACAUCAUGGAGUAAAGACACCUGGAAAAGCUGUUCGUAUUGUAUAUGAUGCGUCAGCAAAACUGAAACAAGGAGUUAGUCUCAAUGAAUGUCUUCGAGCUGGACCAGUAUUACUAGAAGAUUUAACAGGAUUAUUGAUAAGAUUCAGAUCUCAUAAAACAGCAAUAACAGCAGACGUUGAAAAGGCAUUUUUACAAAUUGGACUUCAAGAUGACAGUAAAGAUGUUACUAGAUUUCUAUGGCUCAAAGAUAUAACAAAAGCAGCUACUGAUGACAAUAUUAUACACCUUCGCUUUUGUCGAGUACCGUUUGGGGUCAUAUCUAGUCCAUUCUUGUUAAACGCUACUAUCAAGUACCAUUUAAUGCAGUCGGCUAAUAAGGCUGUACAGCAAGUUUCUGGCGACAUAUAUGUAGACAAUUUGGUUACUGGGACAAAGACGACAUUACAAGCGAUUACAUUAUACAACAAUUUAAAAAGGGAAUUUGAGAAGAUAUCUAUGAAUCUAAGAGAGUGGAGUUCGAACUCGAAAGAAUUUAAAGAGAAGAUACCAGAUGUACUUGACAAAGAAGUUGUCGAGGUUCUCGGCUUAGACUGGAAUACAAACAAAGAUACAAUUCAAUUGAGACCAAACAAUGUUGACUUACAAACUACUAAACGAGGAGUCUUAAGGACAAUUGCUUCUACUUACGAUCCAUGUGGAUUUGUUGCACCAUCGUUGUUGUCACCAAAAUUGUUCAUGCAAGAUCUGUGGAAAAGCAAAAUUAAAUGGGAUUCAAAGUUAUCAAAAGAAUUAUUUGAAGAAUGGAGAAACAUAUAUAAUAAUUUAGAAACUGAACAGGAAGAAAUACCCAGAUAUUAUACAAAGGACUUUGAAAGUAAAGAAAAUCAGUUACAUUGUUUCACAGAUGCAUCAACGAAGGCUUAUGCAGCUGUAGUAUGUAUAGUAAAUGAAAAUGGCAAAGAAUGUUCAUGAAGUUACAAAGUCAUUAAAUAAUAAAGAAGAAAGUAAAACUAGUAAACACGAUAGUAAGUCAAAAGAAAUAGAAGAAAUGAAAAGAAUACAAAAAACUUAUUUUCCUGAUGAGGUUAGUAUGAAAGAAACUGCUUUAAGUCGUAAUCUACGAUUAUUUAAAGAUGAUGAUGGUUUGUUAAGAAGCAAAGGAAGAUUUGAAAAUACUGAAUGGUCGUUUGACAUGAAAUACCCAAUUUUAUUGCCCAAGAACUGUGACUUCACAAAUAGUUUAAUAAAGAGAAUACAUGAAGACAACUACCAUGUUGGAGCCAAUCAUACAUUGAGUUUAAUUCGGAAGUUGUACUGGAUACCACAGGGUAAAGCUCAAGUUCAAAAGAUUAUAAGACAGUGUUCGAGCUGUAUCAAGCAUGGAGGCGGUCCAUUCAAACUUCCGCCUACUCCUGCACUUCCUGCUGAAAGAGUGAACUAUAGUUCACCUUUUACAUUUACUGCACUUGAUUAUUUAGGACCAAUAUUAGUAAAGACUGAAAAUGGAGUUUCCAAGAGGUGGAUUUGUUUAUUCACUUGUUUAGCUGUAAGAGCUAUACAUCUAGAAAUGGUACAAGAUUUAUCUGCUAAAGAAGGGCUACUUGCUCUAAGACGAAUGAUUUCUACAAGAGGGACUCCUGGUUUGAUGAUUUCAGACAAUGCUUCACAAUUCAAACUUAUAUCAGAGCUUCUAACCAAUCCAUACUGUAAAGAGAAUAAAAUUACAUGGAAAUUUAUACCACAGUUAUCACCAUGGUUUGGUGGUUUUUAUGAGAGACUAGUGAGUCUAGUAAAACAUUGUAUGAAGAGAACAUUGCAUAAACAUUUGUUAAAUGACAGUGAAAUCAAUACAGUUAUUAAAGAAAUUGAAGCUAUUUUAAAUACAAGACCACUUACCUGUGUCGAUUCAGAAAUGGUGCAUAUACUGAAACCAGCUGAUUUUUUGAUGAUGGGUAAAUGUAUCAGGACAGAGACAAUAAGUGCUAAAGAUAUUCUUAUUGAAGGCACAACAACGAAACAAGAUUUGAUUCAAGGCUGGAAAAGAGCUUUAGUAAUUCUAGAUGAGUUUAAAGACAUGUUUAUGAACCGAUAUCUUUCUAGUCUUCGGGAAAGAUUUCAAAAUUCAUUAAAGGAGCCAAGAAUUAAGUCUCAGUUAAUACCUAAAGAAGGACAGGUAGUACAGAUAAAAGGAGAUACAAAAAAUAGAGAAGAUUGGAAAGUGGGUAGAAUAGUCUCACUUACUACAAGCAAAGAUGGAUUUUGUAGAGUAGCUAAUGUUAAAGUUGGAAACAAGAUAUAUACGAGAUCAAUCACUCAGUUGUAUCCGCUUGAAGUUGAGGAUUUUGAUAAUGAGAAUAUUGAGAAUAGUUCUGAAAAUAUUGGUCAAACUCUAAAGAGAACAAGAAUAGUUGGUUCUGUGAAUGAUUCAAGGCCUAUAGACAUACCUAAAGAGGUAAUUACUAAUAUACAAAAUAAAGAUAAUGAUAUAGAAAUGGAAACUGUAAGAGACAGCACUAAACGAAUAAUUGAUGGGGUUACUGAAGUUGUCAGUGAACCAGAUAAUGAUAUUACUGAAGUUGUUAAUGAAUCAGAAAAUGAUGUUAAUGAACAAGAGAAUGAUAAUGAGUCUAGACCGGUGCGUGCCGCUGCCACGAGAGCCCUGGAAAAGAUAAGGGAACGGACGGCCAACUUGGUCGCCCUACUAUGACAAGUUCUUCGUUCGUCGGGAGUGUCGUGACGAAGGCUGGUUGACGCCGUCACGAUGUCCCUAAAAUUCUUCGUUCGUCGGGAGUGUCGUGACGAAGGCUGGUUGUCGCCGUCACGAUGUCCCUCAAAUUCUUCGUUCGUCGGGAGUGUCGUGACGAUGAGUCACGAUUCUAAAUAUGGAAUGUCACAAGUAGCAACACCGAAACGGAAGCCCGCUAAUUUUUCUAUCAAUGGAGAAGUAAUCCGUAUCCAUGAGGUGAAAGGAAAGGUGUAAGGAAAGCCAUAUUGAGGAUCUGAUCACUGACAUAGGAACCUAUGAGUGAGUAAGAGUUACAUCCUAUCUACACAUACUGACUGGUAUUCGCGACGUCAGUCUAGUAUGUGUGCAUUCACAUCCCUACAAUAGAUUCAUAAUUCUUUGAUUAUAUACAUAAUUAUAGAUAGAUAUACACAAGUGUAAAAGAGUCGUCG